AUGCGUCUGACCAUGAAACUGCUUAUUUCUUUACCGCUGCUGAUCACAGUCUCCGCGCAAAGCCUGUACCUAGCGGGCGAUUCGACAAUGGCGGUCGGAGGUGGUGGUGGAUCUACUCAAGGAUGGGGAGUGCCCUUGACACAAUACUUCAACAUAUCUGUCGUGAACUCUGCCGUUGGAGGAACCAGCGCACGCAGCUAUAGCGAACAGGGCCGAUUCAGCACUCUGGUUAAUCAAGUCAAGAAGGGCGAUUUUGUCAUCAUUGAGUUUGGUCACAACGACGUGAGCGCUGGUGCGGUCGAUAAUGGCAAACAGGACGCCGUUGGAGACGGCUAUAACAUCACUGCAACUGUUACCACAACCAAUGGCAGCUCUCUACUGAUCCACAGCUUUGCAUACUAUAUUGAAAAUGCGGUCAACGCCCUCAAGGCCAAAGGAGCGGUUCCUAUCAUCUCUUCGCUCACACCGGAUAAUAUAUGGACAACAACAAACCCUGCUGUGAUUGCUGCUGGAGGCCGGUUUGUUACUUACGCGCACACUGUCUCUGUCGACACCAACAUAACCUAUGUGGAUCACUACAACUAUGUUGCCCAAGCAUACAAUGCUUUAGGGCAGUCAACUGUCGCCACUUUCUACAGCUCAACGGAUCAUCUCCAUACAUUACCAGCUGGCGCUUCCGUUGUUGCGCAGGCAUUCGUUAGAGGUCUGCUCUGUGGAACGAGUCCGCUGAAAAACUUUGUGAAUGCUGCGGGGAAAGCAGCUCCCAGCUGGGGACAGUACUUGGGCCAAUAUCUGACCAUUCCGGUUGUGAACAACGCAGUUGCUGGAAGAAGCGCACGGAGUUAUACGGACGAAGGCCGAUUCACCACCCUCAUCAAUACAGCCAAGUCCGGAGACUUUGUCAUAAUCGAGAAUUCGCGCAAGUUUGGCCAUAACGAUGGGUCAAGCGGCUCGGUCGACAAUGGUCGGCAAGACGCGUUUGGGGACUCUUUGACCGCCACGAGCACUGUGACCGCAUCUGACGGAACAACUAAAGUUAUCCACACAUUCAACUAUUACAUGACCAACGCCGUGAACAGUCUAAAAGCCAAAGGAGCCAUCCCCAUCGUGUCGGCGCAGACUCCUGAUAAUAUCUGGAGUGGCAGUUCCAUCGGCGCGCCACCUCGUUUCGUUCCCUAUGCAAAAGAGGCAACUUUGUUUGUUUUUCUACCAAUUGCAUACGUUGACCACUACAACUACGUUGCUCAAGCCUACAAGAAGAUUGGACAAACGACGGUCACCACCUAUUACCCCAACGGCGAGUCGCCAGAUGUCUUCCGACGGCAGAUAAUAUUAAUAAUAUUCCCCAGAUCAUACCCAUACCUCGCCUACUGGGGCCAACGUGGUCGCCCAGGCAUUUGUGAGAGGCUUGCUGUGUGGAACGAGUGCCCUGAAAUCACGGACUUUGCUUAA